AAUUUCGUCGAUGUAUCCUUUUAGAACCGAGAUGAAAAGUAUUUAAUAACGAUCGAGAGAGAGAUAGAGAGAGAGAGAAAGGGAGAGAGACAGCAAGGUACAAAACAGGAUUACUUCUUCUUUCGAAAAGAAGUAACGAUAACUUAGAAAUUUUCGAUUCUUCGAGAAAGGACAGAAACCGACGAGAAUGUACACGAAGUAUUGGAUGAUGAGGGCAAACGCAGCGGCGUUGGCCCUGAUAUUAAUGACCCUUUUAAUGUUUGGGCAGGCAGCAUUGUCUUUCGUUUUGGAUGGCUCGUCGACUAGUUACGCACAGUUCCGAAAGUGGAACGCCGCGUUAAACGGUAGCUUAGAAUUCGAGUUCAAAACCGAACAGGGCAAUGGUUUGUUACUUUAUACGGAUGACGGUGGUACUUACGAUUUCUUUGAAGUCAAACUAGUAGAAAGCGCGUUACGACUUAGAUACAACCUCGGUGGAGGCGCGCAGAUCGUCACCGUGGGCCACGACCUCGGUGACGGUCACUGGCACAAGGUACAGAUAAGCAGAUCCAACGAGAAUACAACGUUGACGGUCGACGGUGUCAGCGCUGUUUCAACUUCGCGCGGCAAGGAGUUCGAAUUUGGAAAGUUGUCCGGUAACUCGGACGUUUACGUCGGUGGUAUGCCCGGUUGGUACAACAGCAAGCUUACCCUGUUAGCUCUGCCGAGUGUCAUCUUUGAACCAAGAUUCAAUGGAUUCAUCAGAAAUCUCGUCUAUACUGAUGCCGAGAGUUCGGUACCAAGGAGACAGGAAAUGAAGAGCCAUGACGCCAAGUGUGCCAACUUCCCAUGUGUCGAAAGCGUCAGCAAACGAAAAACACCAAGGAGCUUACGGAACUCGAUGGCAGGCAACACGACGGACGCAUGCGAGACACGAGAUCCCUGUCAACACGGUGGCAUCUGCAUUUCAACGGAUAGCGGACCCAUCUGCGAGUGCCGUUCUGGUGAUUACGAGGGUGCUUACUGUGAGAAAGAAGCAUGGAGUACGGUGCUGCCUACAGCGGGUGCGGCUGAUUACUGGGAUUACAACAAAGUACCUUCAGAGGCAUCAUUUCGUGGAACAGAAUACCUUACGAUAGAUCUAAGCAAAGGGGAUCCCAUCUUAAGUACGCAGGAAUCUGUAGGACUUCAAUUUAAGACGAGACAACCUAAUGGCCUCUUCUUUUACUCCGGAGUGGGAGACGAUUACCUAACCGUGUCUCUUAGGGACGGUGGUGUCGCCGUUGGGAUGACUUUGGCCAAAGGGAGACUCGAUCUACAUAUCAAACCAGCCAGAAUCAGGUUCGACGACAACCAAUGGCAUAAAAUCAUCGUUCACAGGAAGGUUCAAGAGAUCUCCUCAAUCACUAGCUUCUGCAGGCUUUCGGCCAUCGUCGAUGGAAUUUAUGCGGAACACGGACACACCGCAGGAUCGUUCACACGUCUAGCGAGCGAUCGACUUCUAGUCGGUGGUGGUGCUGAUGCGAGAUCUUUGCAAGGUGCCAAAGGGAUCAACAACUUUGUCGGCUGUCUAAGAAAGGUGGAAUUUACCGCGGAAAGCGUCAAAAUGGAGCUGAUAGAAGCGGCCAGAAGUGGUGCAGCGGGUGCCGCAGCCUGGGGCAAAAUGGAUUUUCACUGUCGCGAACCAAGAGCCUCAGAUCCUAUCACUUUCACCACCAGAGAUUCUCAUCUCAAGGCUGCGGCGACUUCGGUUAACGCGAGGCGACUUCACGGCGCCGUGGUCACCUUCACCAGCUCAGAGUCCCACCUGGUUCUUCCACCCUGGAAAGCUUCCAAAUCUGGGAGCAUAUCCUUCAAAAUUCGCACGAACGAGCCGAAUGGACUAAUAAUGUAUAGUCGUAGCGGAGCACACACGAGGGAAGAUCUCUUCGCAUUCGAGAUAUUAGGUGGACAUCUUUUUCUCCAUGCCGAUCUUGGAAGCGGAUCCGUAAAGGUGAGAGCAUCGAAGCAACGAGUCGACGAUGGUGUAUGGCAUGACGUGGCCCUACGACGAGUCGACAGAGAUGGUCGUGUCACCGUCGAUGACUCUACCGUAGAGUUUCGUACACCAGGUGAUUCAACCCAACUCGAUUUGGAUGGAUUGCUUUACAUCGGUGGAGUAGGAGCACCCUUCGCUCCAUUGACGGUCCCACCAGUCCUAUGGACUGGUACAUUGCGACAGGGUUAUGUUGGUUGCAUGAGAGAUCUCGUUAUUAAUGGUCAUCCCGUCGACAUCGCUGGAUACGCACAGCAACAAGAUUCGGGUGCCGUGAGGCCAGCUUGUCACGCGCAACCAUCCCUACAUUGUUCCUCACAACCCUGUAUGCACGGUGGAUAUUGUCUCGAGGGUUGGAACAGAUUCCAUUGCGAUUGUACCGGAACACCAUUUACCGGACCUACUUGUGGAAAGGACGCUUCGACUCUACAUUUAAACGGGACUCAACAAAUGACCGCACUGAUGCCGGAUGAUUCGAGAACCCAAGCCGAAGAAGUCAUCGUACGUUUCAAAACUACCAGGCCACGUGGUCUAUUGAUAGCUACGAGCUUAGAAAAUAGCAGUGAUCGUUUGCAAAUAUUCCUCGAAGAGGGCAAAGCUAAAAUGCUCAUUCAUAUCGGCGACAGGGAAAAGAGUUUGACGGUCGGACAGGGUUUGAAUGACGACAUGUGGCACGUUUUGAGGUUCUCGAGAAGGGCAAGCUCGUUAAAAUUUCAAGUCGACGACGAACCUGCGAUGCGUGCCGAAACACAACUUGGUAAGCAAAGCAUCCUACAAUUUCGGACACUUCACGUCGGUGGAUACUUGCAUGCUGGCGAAGACAUCCCUCACUUUGUGGGUCAGCUCCAACAGAUCUGGUUCAAUGGUUACCCCUAUUUGGAGAUAGCCAGAAGUGCCGGUAGCCAUCAGAUUUCUCAUCAGGGUGUGACACCGAUCAUCAGAGUAACAGGAAAAUUUGGGAAAAGGAAUCAUCCCGUUCAUCAUCCUGUUACCUUUACCUCGAAACAUACAUUCGUUGGAUUGCCAGUAUUGAAGGCCUACGUGGAAACGAAUAUCUAUUUCCAGUUUAAAACACGUGAACCAAAUGGAUUGAUCCUUUAUAAUGCUGGAAGAGAACGUGAUUUCAUAGCCGUUGAACUGGUGAAUGAGCAUAUUCAUUACGUCUUUGAUUUGGGAGAUGGCCCUGUAAGAAUCAAGGACAAUUCGAAGAGCAGAUUGAACGAUGGCAAAUGGCAUGCCGUUAGCAUUGCAAGACCUGCCCCAAAAAGACACACCCUGGCUGUAGACGAUCACGUUACUGCUGUUAACAGUCAAGGUAGCAACGAGAAUCUCGACCUUGAUGGAAUAUUAUAUAUAGGUGGAGUAGAAAAAUCUCAAUACAGUCAACUACCAAAGCAAAUACUGAGUCGGCAUGGAUUCGAGGGUUGUCUUGCGUCAUUGGAUCUUAGCGGCGAAAGUACCGAUUUACUCUCGGAUGCAGUUGUCCCGAGUUCUCUCGUCGAGCCCGGAUGUGACGUAUACGCGAAUCUUCACGCUGGAAAAAAAUGUACUCACGAUGUAUGCGCGAAUCAUGGUACAUGUUUACAACAAUGGAACAGUUAUACCUGCGACUGCGACAUGACCAGCUUUUCAGGACCUACUUGUAGCGAAGAGGCUGUGGCAUAUGAAUUUGGUGCAGGAAGAGGAAUCAUCACAUAUACGUUUCCAUCGGAUCGAAGACCGGAAAUGAAACGAGACACCGUCGCCUUGGGAUUCGUUACGGGAAUGAACGACGCGGUGCUACUUAGAAUAGAAUCAGCCUCUAGCAACGAUUACUUAGAAAUUGAGAUUGUCGAAGGAAACAUUUUUGCGGUAUACAACAUGGGAACGAACGAUCAUCCAGUCGGAGAAGUAGGUGUCAAAGUAAACGACAAUCAAUAUCACGUCGUUAGAUUCACGAGAAGUGGAGCGAACAGCACGUUACAAGUCGACGAUUACAAUCUUCAAUCGAAUCAUCCGUCCGGCUAUCAACACUCGGUAUUCAAUAGCCAAUCGACCAUACAAGUAGGUGGCAGAUGGAAUCGAAGCAAAGGAAGAGUCGAGAGACCAUUUUUAGGAGUAAUCGCAGGUCUUGUCGUCAAUGGUGCAAGGAUCUUAGAAUUGGCUGCUGCCAAGGACAGUCGAAUUACUACAAGAGGAGACGUUCAACUUUUACCAGCUGGAAGUCUUCUUGAUCGGGCUGCUCCAUUGCAACGAAUGCAGCAGACUCCAGCAUCCGGUUUCCCAGGCGUGAUGGACGAUCUAAUCUUCUCCGGUGCCGGAAGUGGAUGUGCCGGCGACGACGAAGACGAAGAAUGCACUCCCAUUUACGAGCCUGGUUCCGGUAAGUACGAUUUGAUAACACCGGUCUACGUGGCACCUACAAGGCUACCAACGACUUUGAGACCAAAACAUAACGAAAAUAUUCAAGAACGACCAUCGUGCGAUGAUGAAGAAGAAGAUUGCGAGGAAGGUUCGGGAGAACCUGGAACAACUGAGGAAAUAGUCGUCACAUCUGUUACCGCAGACACGAGCAGUCCAGUAACAUAUACGACUUCACGAGAGUACUCUACGAGUCACAGCAGCACUCAGCACAGCCCAACGAUAUCGUCAUCAUCUUUAUCGCCAUCGACAUCGACGCGAGAAUUCGUCACAGUUUCCGUGCAAUACAAUGCUUCAACAAUCGACACAGAAACCAGUCAUAGCAGUAGCAGCGUUGUGACGCACCGAUCGACAACUGUGACAACCCAAACGAGCACUACAGAGAUGACGGACCCACCUCCACCACCUCCACCGCCGAUUUAUCCACCGAUGCCAACCCCACCGAAAAACAAUAACAAGAACAAGAGGAUAACAUCCGAAACUGCAGAAAAUGUGGCACUGAUAAUUGGUAUUAUAGCGGGUGCACUCAUCGCAAUAGUACUUAUCAUUCUGAUAAUCCUGAAGUUUAAGAAUCGACCGGAAACCAGUUACAAGGUCGAUGAGACUAAAACAUUCUGUCAGGAUCCGAAUGCAGCUCUCCUUGGAGCUACUGGUUCUGGACAGCCGUUUAACGGUGCUCUUAAAAAUGGCGCGAACGGCAGUAAAACAAAUAAAAAACGAGAACUCAUAGACAUCAAGGAGUGGUACGUGUAGGCCUAGCCAAUUAAAAACGUGCAUCCUUCGAACUGGACUGAAAAUAAGAGAGAAAACGGGAGUAAUAAAAAAAGUUAUAGAGAGGGUGAGAGAAAGAAAGAAAGAGAAAGAGAAGGAGAGAGAGAGAGAGAGAGAGAGUAUCUAUCUAUCUUCCUCGUCCUACGGCCGACCACCGCAUAAAAGUAAAUUCGUUUUAUCGUACCAGAAAGCGACGGUGGCUAGGACGUAGAAGAGAAAUCCGUGAGAUAUCGCGUUUAUGUAUUCGCGGUAACGAUUUUCGAUACUUUCCAAUACGACCGAGAUCGUCAGGAUUCGUGUGUGCCCUUUACGAAUCGCGCCACGAUCUCGCGAUCCUAACGCAUACAUAGUUAAGUUUUCUCGAAAGAAAGACCUUUCGUUUAUUGUUAAACGUAGUUUUGAGAGAUUAAACGAUAUACGUUUGCGACGUGCGAUACAAUGAAUGUUGGAAAGAAUGUCGUAAAUUUAGGUAAUGACGAAAGUAUCUUAUACGAAUGAUAGAGUGAUGGUAAUGAUGAUGAUGAUGAUGAUGAUGAUGAUGAUGAUGAUGAUGAUGAUGAUGAUAAUGAUGAUGAUCCUACAUAGCGAUUAAAACUACAUUUAUUGUUGUAUAGAAAAAAAAAUAUAUAUAUAUAUUAUAUAUAUAUAUAAUAUAUAUAUAUGCAUAUAUGUAUAUGAUAUUUACCGGUUACGUUAUGCGUGCAAAUUGUUUGUUAAAUUAUAGAUUUUAUUAAUAAAAGAAAAGAGAGAGAGAGAGAGAGAGAGAGAAAGAAAGAGAGAAAGAGAAAAGCGCGUUGUGUCUAUAUGAGUAGGCGUAAACGCGAUCAGCUUCCGGUAUCGAUCGUGCGAGUGAACGCAUCGAUCCCGAAGGAAAAUAAUCGAUCGUAAGUUAUAGGAUGGGAAUUUAGUUAAAAGAAGAAAGAUAAGCUGUGAGAACGAUACGGUAGAUAUUCAAAAAAAAAAAAGAAAAAAGGACAACUCUCUCUCUGUGUUUCUCUUCGAGCUAUAAUGCAUCUGCUCCGUCGAAUCGUUGAAGGACAUACUCGAUUAUUGUUGUAAUACAUAAUCGUGAUUCUUAUUAGAACGAACUUAAAGUGUGACCAGAAUUUCGAUGGAACAGCGGUGGAGAAGCGCCUGCAUGUUUUAUACACACAUUGUCACAUACUCACAUACAUACACACACACAAAAACACGUACAUAUAUAUUGUGCGCGUAACGCAGAACACGUACAUACAUACAUACAUACAUGCAUACAUAUAAAUAUAUUUUUUCAUAAAAACCAAUCUAACGAAUCUGGUCGGCACAGCUCGAACUCGAAUAUCUACGUGGAAAUCGUUCCAUCUUUCUUUUCUUCUCAAAAUAAUAAAUACAAAAUAUAAAAAGGAAAAGAAAAAAAUAAAACAAAUAAAUAGUAUUACGUAUUAUACGUAAGUACAUAUGUAGGUACGGGUAAAUACAUAUAUACAUAUGUACAUUGAUCUCGUACGAUCGAUCAUUUGUAAUUCUGAAGCGAACAAGAAUCGUCGUAAAACUUCCUUCGAGAUAGUGUGGUGCGUGUUAUCGAAAUCGAACUCGGAUCCUCGCAACGAUCGUGAGAGAGAGAAUGAGAGUGAGAGUAAGAGUGAGAGAGAGAGAGAGAGAGAGAGAGAGAGAGAGAGAGAGAGAGAGAGAGAGAGAGAAUGAAUGUGAUCGUGAAAUGGUGAACGUUUAUCAGUAAGAAACGAAUAAGUACUUACGUGUUGUGCGAUCUUCCAUAAAAAUGUAUGAGAAAUGAAAAGAGAGAAAAAAGAAAUAAAAGUAAAAUUAAAACAGAAAAAAACAAUAGAGAGAGAGAGUAAGAAAUCGCGUAAAUUUUCGCGAGAAGAUAAUAAAAGAGAAAGGAUGGAUAAAGAGGAAGAUACGUCGAAAGCAAUAUGUAUGUAUGUAUAAUCAAGAUAAGGGACUAGAUAACAUGGAUUACGACAAGAUUAUAAAUAUCUCGUGUAUAAAAGAGAGACGAACGCGCCAAAUAAGAGAAACAAACGAAAAGAAAUGGUAAAAUGGCUCCCUUUUCCUAAAAUUCGGAUAAAAAAAGAAAAAAGAAAAGAUAAGGACGAUACUAUUAAUUAGUAGUGACAUCGUAAUUAAAAGGAAGAGGAAUUAGAGAGCGAGCGCGUGAGAACGAGAGGCAUGCUCGACGAUGAUUCAUCGAAAUCGUUCAGGUAUAUAAAAAGAAAAAAAAAGGGAAAAGAAGAAAGAUAGAAUGAAAGCAAAAUAAUAAUUAAAAAGAAAAAAUAAAAAAAAAAUAAAAAAAAAGAAAAGUAAAAAUAAAAAAACACGUCCGAUUGUUAUAGAAAUAAACAAACAAACACAAAAAAGAAAAUGAAAGAAAGAGAGAAAAAAGAACAGCCCUCUGCGUUUUAAGUGCGCGCAUUCACGCUAUCUCGGUCCCAAGGAUAAUAAUGAUUUGGUUUGUUUAUUAAUUUUUUUUAUUUAUCGCUCGGUAUUUCAAACUAACUAUCUCUCUCGUCUAAUGACUUCUCUUCGCGUCCUUCCAUGCUCGUUAAAAAAGAAUUUGUCAUAACAAAAUUUCAUAUUUUCUUGAUCUAGACGACGAAUAUUCGUGCGUACUGCGUCAUAUCGUAUCAUUGCUGUGUGUUGUUAAAUAUCCUUUUAAAGUAACGAGUAUAUAAAAUACGAUAUAUACGAUAUACAUAUAUUUGUCGAAGGAAAGUAUAGUAAGGAAAAAUAUUUAAAAACACAAAAAAAAAAAGACAAAAAACCAUAUAGUCCCUGUAUUCUUACAGUGCGCUUGAUGUAAGAAAAAAUACGUAUAAUUGCGCGCGCGAACGCGCUUAUUUGCAAUGAAAAAAAUGUUUCAAAAGAGAAAAAAAAGGGAAAAGAGAGAAAGAGAAAAAAGAAUGAAAAAGAGUUAAAGCACGCGUCGUCUUACAUAUUAGGGAUACGCAUCAAGCGUAUUUGUGUAUAUCUAUAUAUGUAUAUACAUGCGUGGGUACGUAUGUCGAUAUAUAUUUAUGUAUAUAUACAUACGUACACGCGCGAAUACAAAACAUGUAUAAUAUUUCUAUGAAGGGUGAAAGAAAGAGAGUAAAGAAAAGUAAACGAGAAAAAGUGCACGCACGAAUAAUCGCAUUCGUUAAAAUAUAUUACACAAAUAUAUCGUUUGUCCUAUCGAUUGUCGUUACGUAUCACUUGUUCGAAAAAAAAAGCGUGGAAGAGACGUGUUAGCACGAAAUCUCGAAAUCUUUUUAUCUUGGCACGCGAAAUUUUUGAAAUACUACUAUUUGCGUCUGUAACGCACAAAAGCUUGAAUUCGCGUUCGGCCGACUCGUAUUAAAAGCCCAUAGACCAUGGAUCGAAUGAAACUAAUCGCAAUCAGGCUUAUCUCAUCCCUCAAUGUAUAUUUCAAAAACGAUGGUGGCUUCUCGCGCUUUGAAAAUAAAAAAGAAAAAAAAAAAGAAAAAAAAAGAAAGAAAAGAAAAGAAAAAAGUAAAAAAAAAAAAGAUAAGAAAAGAAAAGAAAGAGCACAAUAAUAAUAAUAAUAAUAAUAAUAAUAGUAAUAAUAAUAAUAAUAAUAAUAAUAAAAAUCGGCGAGCUUUGAUCAUCGAGUUUCGCCGUACUCGUGUCGCAUGUUUUUGCCGCCCCUAACUUUCCCCUAACCAACCACCCCAACCCCUUCUCCUCCACCUUCGCGGAUCGUUCGAUCGAUCGAUCGAUCCGAAGCUAUAAAAAUAAAAAGCGAAUCGAUGUCGAUUUCUUAGAAUUACAUUCGAUUUUAAUCUCGAACGGGCAGUCUUAACGAUAUAUCGUCGUCCCUCCGUAGAGCCGACGGAAUCGCGCGAAGACAUAUGUAUAUUAAUUAUUUAUUUAGUUAUUUAUUUAUGUUCUUUCUUUUUCUCUCUCUCUCUCUCUCUCUCUCUCUCUGUGUUUCCUGUGAGAGAGCAAAAGAACGAAAAAAGAUCAUCGAUAUUAGUUCUUUAUUAUCUAUUCGGCGCUCGUACGCCGCUGCCGCGUACGCUGAUUUUUCUUAGAAUUAGUAAAUUUCAGACAAAAUUAAACGAUUCGCGAUAAACAUUAAAUAUUGUUAUCACUGCCCUCUGACUCUCUAUCUGCAUAUCCUUCGAUGUACCGACAACUAUUACGACGUUUAUACUAAUGCAAUUAUAACUUCUAUAAGAGUAUCUACCGAGCAAGGUGUUAUCCUACUAAAUAACUUAACGCAUUAAAUUACGAUUUAAGAGUCUGGCAAAUCGAUACCUUUCACCCUUUCGUCUCACCUCGUUAUCAUCUAAUAACCAACUGGCGUGAUAAUACGAGUCGACAGGAUGAAAGGAUGAAAGGAGGAAAGGAAAAAGGAUAUUGACGACGUAUACGGAGUCGAGGAUCCGAAGUAAGCGUAACACUCGACGCUCACGCGGCUCCGCCUAUUCUCUCUUAAUUAGGUAGACAGGAAUUAUAUUUUACAUUGUACAGUUGAUCGUGCGUACGAGUGCACUAAUAUUAGAUAGAGAAAGAGCAUGUGCUUCGCGCUGGGACGAGAGGAACCGAGAGAAAAAGAUAAAGAUAAAGAGAGAGAGAGAGAGAGAGAGAGAAAGAGAGAGUGUGUAUAUGCAUGAAUGAGAGAGAGAGAAAGAGAGAGACGCCGUUCGAUCGCGCAUAUUUUUGUUGUCGGCUGACUCGUGACAAUUUUUACACGCCCAUACGUAUAUAUAACGUUAUACAUACAUACAUAUGUACGUACGUAUGUAUGUAUGUAUAUGUGUGUAUGUAUGUGUAUAGUAGCACUCGAGUGUGUAAAAGACUGGAGGGAAAAAGGGUAUAUAUUAUAUGCUGUGUAAUUCUUUCGCGAUCGUUCGAGCGAUCGAACGUGUUUAUUCAUCGUAUGUAAACCGCUCUAGUCAGCCUCUUUAUCAUUUCGUGAAUUAAAUACGGAUAUAAAUAAUGUAAUACGACGUAGGCGUAUGAUGCAUUUAGAUUUUUUACACGUCAAGGCGAAGCCUACUGUGCCGUUUCGUUAGAAAUUCGAUUUUUAAGCAAAAGAGCAUCUUCCCACCCAACCUGUCCCCUAUCCCCUACCCACCCACCCCCCUCCUCCCUCCCCAUCCGCCUUAAUCACUUACCUCGUCGCCAUAAAUAACUUUUGGCGAUUCAUAAUUACAUGCGUCGAUCGUACUUUGCGUAAAGAAGACGCCCGUAUCUAUUUACUUACACACACGCACACAGAUACACAUACACAUCCACAUGCAGUUAAAUCAUUCAUUACCAUUUUUCUCUUCUUUUCGCCUCGCGAUGUAUCUUUUACAGAAAACGACUGGAAAAAAACGAAUAGAUUUCACGUCAUACGCAAGAACACACACGUCGCACCGUAGUGCGCGCACAUACGCGUUACAAAAUUUCUCAAAAAUGGAGACAUGUAAAUAAAUAGAGAUAAUGCCGUAACUACGAAAAUUAUAUGAAUAAAGUAUUGAAAAAUA